AUGCAGCUGCUCGGCGUGUCAUUGGCAGCACUCGCGGCGCUGGUUUCGGCCUCGCCCGAGGUGUUGGAAUCGGCCCUAGUUGGCGACGAUCAGUGCAACGGGGGCGAAGAGUCCUGUGUGCUGAAUGCUUUGCAGCUGAAGGGCCAGAAGAGCUCCGCGCAGGAGAUGUUGGAAGCGGCAGACGAGGAGGAGCAGGAGGAAGAGGAAGAGAGUGCGUGGCUCAAGGACAUUAGCACCAAGACCAAGAACCACUUCAAGCACAUCCUGGCUCCGCUGCAGAAGCCCAUCGUGGCCAACUACCAGUAUCUCACUGAGCUUGAGAAGUUCGUGAACUACACCAUGGAGAAGGUGGAGAAUGCCACCGGCCAUGUUGUGGUCUGGAACCGAAAGUCACUCCUGCAGGAGGAUGAGGAGGAGGAAGUCGAGACAACUUGGGGCCGUCGUCGCCGCAGCACUAGCGGAAAGGACCUGCCUCCUCGUGCCCGCUACAUCAACAAGAUCCUCAUCUACCUGGACAAGGAGAUGGAGGCCGUGUGGAACUACAACACGAUCGUUGACCGAAAGCGAUGGGGUGUUGGCAACACGAUCACCUCCUCGCCGUAUGGUCCCCAUGGAGAGCACCCAGAGCGCUGGCGCGCAAACGGCAGCUUCCCCUUCCCACUCAAGGCUCCAACAUCUCCCGUGCUGAACGUCAGCAACUCUCUCGUCAUGCACUUGAAGCCGGAGAAGCGGGAGUACGAGAACAAGUAUGCCCAGCAGCUGGCUGCCGACUACGCGUCUUUGAUUGACAACAUCAACGACGCCAGCAAGAAGGGCCAGGAGCUGCGUGCACGUCUUUACAAGAUGGACGCCUAUGCAGACAAGUUCAUCAAGCUGCCAAGCGGUGUCUGGAACAAGAUUGAUGCCAACCGGAAGUUGACUGAGCCUUCCUUGAGCAGAAAAGAGGAUGCACAGGGGGCAUUGCAGACACAAGAGUUUGAUGCUGGUUUGGCGAAGGAGAUCAGAGGUGAAGGAAGUGGAGACCCACCUGCGGUUGCAAUGCAGCUGCUCGGCGUGUCAUUGGCAGCCCUCGCGGCGCUGGUUUCGGCCUCGCCCGAGGUGUUGGAAUCGGCCCUAGUUGGCGACGAUCAGUGCAACGGGGGCGAAGAGUCCUGUGUGCUGAAUGCUUUGCAGCUGAAGGGCCAGAAGAGCUCCGCACAGGAGAUGUUGGAAGCGGCAGACGAGGAGGAGCAGGAGGAAGAGGAAGAGAGUGCAUGGCUCAAGGACAUCAGCACCAAGACCAAGAACCACUUCAAGCACAUCCUGGCUCCGCUGCAGAAGCCCAUCGUGGCCAACUACCAGUAUCUCACUGAGCUUGAGAAGUUCGUGAACUACACCAUGGAGAAGGUGGAGAAUGCCACCGGCCAUGUUGUGGUCUGGAACCGAAAGUCACUCCUGCAGGAGGAUGAGGAGGAGGAAGUCGAGACAACUUGGGGCCGUCGUCGCCGCAGCACCAGCGGCAAGGACCUGCCGCCUCGUGCCCGCUACAUCAACAAGAUCCUCAUCUACCUGGACAAGGAGAUGGAGGCCGUGUGGAACUACAACACGAUCGUUGACCGAAAGCGAUGGGGUGUUGGCAACACGAUCACCUCCUCGCCGUAUGGUCCCCACGGAGAGCACCCAGAGCGCUGGCGCGCAAACGGCAGCUUCCCCUUCCCACUCAAGGCUCCAACAUCUCCCGUGCUGAACGUCAGCAACUCUCUCGUCAUGAAGUUGAAGCCUGAGAAGCGGGAGUACGACAACAAGUACGCCCAGCAGCUGGCUGCCGACUACGCGUCUUUGAUUGACAACAUCAACGACGCCAGCAAGAAGGGCCAGGAGCUGCGUGCACGUCUUUACAAGAUGGACGCCUAUGCGGACAAGUUCAUCAAGCUGCCAAGCGGUGUCUGGAACAAGAUCGAUGCCAACCGGUGA